AGGAAAACCAGAUAGUAUACCGAUCAAUUUAAUGCUCGCUGAUUAGGCAUCAGCUGGAAACUCAAAUCGGACCCAGAGAGUCCAUAUCCUGCAUAAUUCAUCGUUUUGAAUUUCAUUGAUGGUCGACGUGAUCUUCGUUUAAAAAUCCCUUGUUUCGUCGUAGCAUAUCAGAUACGGAUUAUGUUGUGAACAGGUCCAGUUGAAUAAGGCGGACUAAACUUGCUAUACGAGGAAUACUGUUUGUUACUUCAUGUCAGAAAGUAUAGUGCUACAGAAGAGCUUUAUAUACGAAGGAAUGCAAGAAAAUGAGUUAUCGCAGAGUGUUGGUAGUAUGAACGAUUCAUGGAAUUAUAACGGGUCCCUAGUGGUGGAUACUAAAACGUUUGCGUCGUUAAAUGUAAGCUCUCCUCUGCAGGCGACGCAUUUAAUGGUCAGCUACAGAGUCCUCAAUAACCAAGUCCUGGUGUCGCAGUUUUUCCCUACUUUGGUAUACGUUUGCAUUUUGUUCAUUUUGGGGGUAAUCGGAAACGCCUUGGUGUGCUACGUCUACAAAAUCAAAUGGAAAAUAAAAAAGAAGCCAUCCACUCUAUUCAUCCUUGUUUUGGCAGGCUACGACCUGGUUAACUGCUUCGUUACCAUGCCAUUCGAGAUGGCGUUGGUAUGCAAUUACAUGUCCUUUGACUUUCCAAUCGCCUGCAAGCUUUCAAAAUUUUUGACUUACGGCUUAAAUGCAGCAUCUACUGUCAUUCUUCUGGGAAUAGCCAUUGACAGAUUAUUGGGUAUUCGAUAUGGAUUUAAGCUAGGAUCUCUGACAAUGAGACAAGCGCGAAUAAUUGUGGGGCUGUCCGUAUUUAUAGGAAUUUUGACAACUUGGCCAACUUUAUUUCUUUAUGGUACUUACGAAGAAGGUCUGUAUAGAACUUGUUACUUUGCAACAAGGUUUAACAACUCUGGCUACAUUACGGCGCAAGUGAUUUUUAGUAUUGUUGCGUCAUUAAUCGGAGACAUUAUAUUCAUUUCCAUAUAUUCAUUGAUAGGAUAUACAAUAUGUCAGCAACGGAAUAAGACAGUCAAAAGUAAUGACGCAAGCAUAGAAACGACGAAGAUCUGCAGUAAAUCAGACACAGACCUCUGUAAUCUCGCCGAUCAAUCCACCUCCAUCGAUUAUUCAAAAGAAAAAGAUAAAAGCACCUUAAGUCUGUUUAGCAAAAGUGAAGGCAAUGGAUACAAUUCCUUUUCCAAGACCGACCUAUUUCUGCAGCAAGAGAGCAAACCUGAAUCACGUGACCGCUCUGGGAGCGAGGCCAUAGGAAGUCUGCUGACAUUGCUGAAGAUUAAUCGUGAUUCUCAAAAGCAUCGCAGUUCUACCUUUAGUAAUAGCGAAGGUAAACGAUUCGGACCCUCAUUCAAAGCCCGGAAGACUACUUUCAUGCUUUUUACCGUCACAAUAGUUUAUAUUCUUACGUUUUUACCUUUUUGUGUACUAAGCAUCAUUGACCUUCAUAGGCCACACCUUCAAAUGAAUGAUGCAUCCAUUGUUGAACUUAAUUUUUACCAUCUUCUUUUUAGAUCUUAUAUGUUAAGUAUGGCUGUUAAUCCAAUUAUAUUUAGUUUUUUAAACAAACAUUUUCGAUCUGAAUGUUUUUCACUGUUAAAAGAUGCUGUACUCUGUAUUAUUUCAUGCUUCCUUAUAAAGAAAGUUUAGUGACGUUUGCUGUAGAAUUAAUUGGUGGUGCAAGAACUAUGUAAAAUCCUGAUCUGUAGGAUCUCUACAGUAAAUAGAUUUAUGAAAGUUAAAAUAUGAAGUUACGAGUAUUUAGUGUUAAGGUGGCUUAGUGGUGAACAGAGUCACCAUCAGAUAUACCUCAAAAUUUGACAUUUUUGGCUAUUAACUAAUAUGAAGUGAAGAAAAAAAUCCAAAAAUUUUAGCUUAAAAUUAGAACAUUGUCCUUUAUCUCUAUAAAAGGCUUUUCAUACUAAGGAGGUAAAUUUAACCUAAGAAUGGCUACAACCAUUCAGCGCUCUUAUUGUUUUCAACAGAUGCCAGAGUAUUGGGAAAGCGUUCUAUUUUCCCAAAGCAUUUUGUUGACAGAGCGCUAGCAAACAUCUACAAUUACCACACAUUGUCUGAACGUGUAUAUAUUUGCACAGUCUCUGAUGUCUAACGAGGAUUCUGGUAAACGACUCUCAGAAUAAAAAGAAACGUGUUAAGAGGACAUCUCCUCGUUAGAAAUCGCAUGUUCAAAUCUGCUAUAUCGUAGGCAAGAUUAAUAUAUCUCUGACCAAACCCAUGAUGAAAACUAAUUAAUAAAGAGUGCUAGUUGCCUUGAUUUUAUCGGUUUUGUCGAGUCUGUGAAUAUUUUUUAUCAAAAAACCAAAUUCCCUAAAGCUUUUUCGAACGUUAAGUCUACAUAAACUUUAUUAAAGAUUGGUCAGUGUGGACGCACGGAUUUUUUUUGAUAAAAAGAGCAUGUAACAAUCUCUCAUCAAACAGUUAGAAUGUGCGAUAGGUUUCUUAAGCUUGAAAAAACAGUUAAGUGGCUUUCCAUAUUGUCAUUAUCGAAUAUCAUUACGACGCAAAUAUUGCUGUGAAAAAAUCCCUUGUACACUGCAGUGAGUGAUCUGCAUCAAGAUGAGAAAAUCAAAAGUGCAUUAAUGCAAGCACUGAUACCACAAAAAAGAGAACUUUCCCGGCGAUAGAUGUACAUUGUUAAUACGGUAAUGUCAUAUUUCAGAGACUGGCUAGUGAGAAGUCAUUGGUUAAUACACUGCUCACGCAUUAUCACUUGGAUAGGGACUGAAAAAAUUGAUGAUAUAGUGAAUCUAAUGAUUCUUUGAUUGACUAGGGAGCUUUUCAUCUCGGGUUUUAAGACGACAAAUAGAUCAGUGUUGAAACAAUUUACAUAGAACUAGUAAUGGGGUUUUCAGAGAACACCAAUCCCCCAAUUUUAUUAUGGUUUGUUUCAUGUUAGGCAAUGUCCCAUUUUUUUAAUAUCAUGAGUUUUUCGUUACCACAACUAUAUUUCAUCUACCUCAGCUAUCAGAUUCAAGUGAUAUCUUUUUGUUGACAUUUCUAUUAUGGUAUUAGAUUUGAUAUAGAAGAUGGUUGAUGCAAUGGAUCGAGAACCCUAUGGGAAUAUUAUCUUUUCUUUCAAAACAUGUGGGUUUUUAUUGAGGUAAUAUAUUUACAACAGGCUGUUUUUAUUUAAUGUAACAUAAAACCUUUUUUAGAUACAAGUGAUAUAUACGUAUAUUCCUUCGUGUUCCAAUCCUUAUCACCUAUUAUAAAUACCCACUCUUGGUGUUUUCACGUUGCUCGUUUAAUCCGAUUUUAAUGGAAGUCCUCACUAUGCUGUAUUUCGGACAUCAAAGUAUCCAACAGCUCAGACUUGAGGCAUUAUUGUGUGAGAUCAUGUACAGAGAUACCUUAUAAGCUUCAUUCACUCCUAUGUAUCAGCCGUCUGGUACCUUCUGAUAAUCAAAGUAGUAUCGAUGGGCUCACGCCACAUUGAAACUGAAGUUCAUCAUCCCGAUUACCUUUCUUUCUCUGUUGACCCAUGCAUGAUCGUGACAAUUCUAAAUGUUCACUGUACGUCACAGUUGUACACAAAUCCCUCUAUCAUUUUUUUACCAUUAAACGCCAUUUGAAUUUUGAUCCGGAGAUGAGUUUUUAUUUUAAAACAUGAAAUAUGAUGAUGAAAUGUGAUUCGAAUUUAGAACUUAAUUAAGUUUACUUCUUUGUGAGUGUGAGAAGACUUUGUAUGAGGACUGAAUUAUCAAGGAGUAUCGUUAUAGCACGUGGCAUCAAAAUUAAAAACAACAAAAAUGAUGUGUUACAGAAACCUUAAAAUGUUAUUGAAUUUUCUUUUGGAUAUCUAUUCCGUUUUAGAGCUAUUUUAACAAGAACAUGCAUAUGGAAUUUGAGUAGUUUGUGUCAAAACCAGUCUAUGACUUGUAUAUAGUUCAGUCAAUGGUUCAAAGAUAACAAUUUUCUCACUCUAGGCUUUGCUUACGCAUUCAGUGUGUGUACGUAUUUCACUUGCAAAUCGAAUCUCAUUUUUAACAUGUUGCGAUGGAUGAAAUAAAUACUUACAUUUUACCCAAUGUUCACAGUCUUGUUAAAAUGACAACAUUACAUGCAUCUGACUGGCCACGUAUGUUAAGUUGUACAUUGUAACAUGUAACAAUAAGGGUGAAAGUGUUUCAUAGACCGGAAUUAUUAAUAUUGCGGAAAGCAAAUACUAGUACCUUGGUUAUACCAAGUUCAAGCUUCAAAAUGAUCGUGCAGUUCUAAUCCUCCGAUCAACUUUGGCAAAAAUGGCUACUUGACGAAACUCUAGUUUAAAAAGCCUAAGGUUAAAUAACCUAAUAAAUGGUAUUGCCAAACAGAGAUUUUGCCAGCUACGAGGAAGUGUUUUUCAAAUGUGUCGUGAUAUGGUGUCUUUUUCCAUAUCCCUAAAACUGAUACAAUACCUAAGAUGUAACUUAUUACAAUGCUUAAAAGUAUGCACAGUUAAAAAAUUCUUAGUUCCUACAAGCCUUAGUAAAUUUAGGUGCAAUUUAGAUAGACUUAUAACACUCAUUUGUUUACUAUAGAACAAAGUUUACAACAUAAACUUGCACGAUUGUUGAUUGCAA